GGCUACGUGAGUCAAGCUAGUCGGAUUUUCUGUGUCCCUAAAUCGUGUAGUCACUGUCGGAGGCUAACAGUGAUUCGUAACUACCAAAAGACAUAUACCCGCCUCCUAGGAAGGGAUAUAUCUCGACAUAGUCAACAUGUCUAUUAUGUCAUAUAAUGGUGGGGCUGUCAUGGCCAUGAGGGGGAAGAACUGUGUGGCGAUAGCAUCAGACCGACGAUUCGGCAUUCAGGCUCAAAUGGUCACCACAGACUUCCAGAAGAUCUUCCCCAUGGGAGAGAGGCUGUACAUUGGCCUGGCUGGACUUGCAACUGAUGUACAGACAGUAUCCCAGAGGCUCAAAUUCAGAUUAAACCUUUAUGAGCUGAAGGAGGGUCGCCAGAUCAAGCCUAAGACCUUCAUGAGCAUGGUGUCCAACUUGUUGUAUGAAAGAAGGUUUGGACCAUACUACAUUGAGCCUGUGAUUGCUGGACUGAACCCCAAAACCUUUGAACCAUUCAUCUGCUCCCUGGAUUUGAUUGGUUGCCCCAUGGUGACUGAAGAUUUCGUUGUGAGCGGCACAUGCUCAGAGCAGAUGUACGGCAUGUGUGAAUCUUUGUGGGAGCCAGACAUGGGACCCGAAGACCUGUUUGAAACCAUCUCCCAGGCAAUGCUGAAUGCAGUGGAUAGGGAUGCCGUGUCUGGCAUGGGAGUUGUCGUACACGUCAUUGAGAAAGACAAGAUUACUACACGUACGCUGAAGGCCAGGAUGGACUAAAGCCUCUUUUCUAACACAGACUUCUCCCACUCUUUUGUAUAAAAUAGACGAUGCUUGUAUUGUUUUUCUUAUUGAUUUUGUUCAAUAAAUUGCCAUACCCUUAAACAA